AUGUCAUACUAUACUCCUAGUCAAAAAUUAGCAUAUAGCCCUUAACUUGUAUAUUCAGAUUAAGUUUACUCAAGCUAAUAUAAUCAUCCUUCCACUCAUGUUCCUCCUAGGUAUUUAGGAGAUUAUUAAAUUACUCCUAGCAAAGUAGUAUUGUAUCAAAAUCCAGUAAGUCUAAGAUAAGAGUCUCCUGUUUUUGAAUAAACUGCCCCAUAUACAUAAUAAUUAUCAUACAGUUAAAUUAUACCAUAAACAGUUUAAACUGGUUACUAGCCUGUAUAUUAAGCAGAUUAUGAUAGAAAAUUAGAAGCCAGGGACUCUUCUCCUUUAUCAACACAGAAUAGCUAAGUUAUAUAUUAAGCAUAGAAGCCAUCUGAAAGUUAUUAUGUUGGUACAUAAUCUAAAUUUUACACUCCAAUUCACAAAGAUUAGCAUGAAAGACUGUCUGAAGAAGAGUAUAUUUAUCAAUCUGAAAAGUAAAGGGAGAUAGAUUAUCUAAAUUGGAAGGCAUCUUCAAUGAGAAGUAGAUCACCUUAGCAUUCAACAACACUAGUUUCACCUCCUCGUCCAUUAGUUCCCUUAGCAAGUAGUUAUGUGCUUUAACCAGGCCAAUACAGUGAUAUCAAGCAUAAUAUUACAAAUUAUGAAAAUAAUUUAGUAGCAAAUCUUAAUACAGAAGAGAAAUUUAGGUAGAUGAAAGAAGAAAUGAAUAAAUGUUCUUAUACUUACUCUCAGAUGAUUAACACUAUAUUAUAUAAUUUUAAAGAGAUUUUGUAAUCCUUAAAAGAAAUUGAAAAAUGUAAAAAUGAUUUAAUAAACAAAGAGGAUUUUAGUAUAUAAGUAUUUUAUAAUAUUCUUAAUAACGAUAAAAAUAAUCCACUUUCUGCUGAGUAGCUUAAACUAAGUCUUACUGAUCUAAACUUCUCUUCUAUUGAUGUUUAUGAUAUUGAACUACUUUUUGCUAAGUAUUCUAAUGAAAGGUCAUCUGAAUAUUUGACGUUAAAUGAUUUUAAAAAGUUAUUCAUUCCAUACUAUGUGAACUCAAGAAGAAAAUACGAAUUUGAAUCAAGACAAGAAUAAUAGGAGGUGUCAAUAGAGACUUAGAGAAUAGCCGCUAGAGUAAUAAAAAUGCAUCUUAGUCUAGAAAAUAGCUAAGAAUAUUAUAGAUAGUUAAUGUCUAAAAGACUUAUUGAUCUAGCUUACUGCUUUGAUUAUAUAGAUAGGGAUAGAAAAGGAGUUUUAAACUAUUCUCAGAUUCAAACAUUUUUGCAAGGAAAUGAUAUUUAUUUUAAUUAAGAGGAUGUUAAUCUACUCAUACAAAGAUUUAAUAACGCUUAUCCUAUAGGGCCUUAAUUGGACCAUAUAAUUAAAUUAAAUGAAUUUAUUUAUGAGCUUUCCCCAAAAUCGCGUAUACCCUAUUUAAAAGAGUGA